AUGAAUUUGCAAUUCCUUCCUUGUCUGUCGCGAGAUUUAGGGCGAUUGCUUUUAGACACUGACACAUCUGAUGUCAUUAUUCGAGUUAGACAAGACAAUGUCGAUGAGGACGGCGACGAGGAGUGUGUGUUUAGAGCGCAUUCUCAAAUUAUCAGGGCCAGAUGCAAGAAACUUGGAGAAUUGAUGGAUAAGGAGAGAAGUACCAAAGGCGGAAUCGAUAAAGUGGUUAUCACCUUGUCCGAUAUGACGUCCAAGACGUUCAGGGUAUUGUUAGAAUACAUCUACACGGGAAAACUAGCGAUCAUAAACUUUUCACCAUCCGAAGUCAUUUCCCUUCUCAUCACCGCCUCGGCCUAUUCUCUAUUCGACAUACUCUCUUACAUUCAAACGCAACUCAUUUCACAGACCGCCGCAUGGAUCUCGCAAAACUCGCUUGACCUUUACCUCCGCUUUCAUAAUGACACGUCAUUCGAAGAGCUGGCAAUGCAUUGCAAGCAAGUUAUGCGGAAAUCUCCAGAGCUCGCGAUGAAAGAUGAAAAAUUCAUAAAGAUGGAAAAGGAAUCGGUUAUAGAAUUGGUGCAGUGGGCAGAGAGGAAAAUGGAAGCCGUCGAAAUAUGGGAAUCUGUGCUCAACUGGGGGAAAGCGCAAGCCAACAUUGAGGAAGCUGACUAUGACAAGUGGACGCUUGAAGAAAAAGAAAGGAUUGCGGAAAUAUUGGAGGACGUUCUUGUUAGGGUGCGGUUUUCUCAAAUGUCGUCUACUGACAUUCACUCCAAGGUCAUGCCUGCGAAUCUGCGAAAGAGGGAUAGUGCGGACCAAGGGAAAAAGAGGGACUUGAAGAAUAUCGAGACACGACUGCAUGAUGAUGAGAACGAAUUACGAAAGAGUUUUGAUGACUCAUAUAAAGAAAAGGCAAAAGACAAUCGUGUGGAAGGCAUCAUAGUAAUGCCGGGAGCAGCAGUGAUCAGACCUGUGAAUGAUCCGUCUUCAGCUGUAAAUAAUACAAAUGCAUCUCCUACGGUUACUCCGACUCGUUCAAUAUCGUCUCAAUUCCAGGUUUCGCCUCCAGCCUCGCCAUCAUCCACCACGUUUCCCACCCUUUCCAAGAAUAAGAUAUUUCCGCUUAUCCAAACAAUCUCUACAUACAAUAUAUUCUCCACAAAACCACAACGAACACUUCGCACACCUCCCAUUUCACCCACACGCAAACAUUUCACUUCUCUUCCGCCUCCGGUCAGUUCUACCCUCAUCAACGACCACCAUACAGGAUGGAUAAGCGCAUGUAUUGAUUAUUUAAAUGUUACCCAAGGAGAAGAACACACCAUGUACAAUCGAGAGAACAAUCCGUAUAAAUACGAGUUACUUUUACGAGGAAGCAGAGACGGAUUCACGAGCGUAGCAUUUCACAAAUUAUGUGACAACAAAGGACCGACGGUGAUGAUACUAAAAAUCAUGGGCACAAGAGAAAUCAUUGGAGGCUAUUCUCCCCUAGACUGGACCUCUCCAUCCAUGUGGAAGUAUGGUACCACAUCUGAUAGUUUUCUCUUUAGUUUUGCAUACGGAGAACUGAAAAAUGCCGUCCUGAGUCGGACAAAGGAUAAAUCGACAGCGAUAAAAUGCCGUAAAUCGAAUGGUCCGGUAUUCGGAUAUGGUCCUGACUUGUGUAUGUGGAGCGAUGAGUAUGAAAAAAAGUGGUGUUGUUAUCGGUGUUCGUAUGAGCCAAGUAUUAGGUUUGCUGAUGGAGAGUUUUGGAUUGAUGAAAUGGAAGUGUUUGCUGUUAAACAGAGAAAGUAG